AUGGCUUUGGUACUGAACCGCCCGUCCGAGCCUAACUCGGCCUUCAGCAUCAAUCCUCUUACCAUAAUCGAACUUAAUAUUCAUCAUGAAUUACAUUCUCCUGUGCUGAAAAAAGGGUUUGUGUUUGUCCCCAUCCUUGGUUUUUACAACGAUCGGCGUCACCUUGCCGACAAUUUGAUUGAACAAAUCAACAAAGGCAACGCCGCCUGGAAAGACAGCGUUGAGAAGGAGUAUGUUGGUGGGGUCUGGCUUCAGUUCUUUUACCAUCCCAUCAAACCUAGUGCUGUUGAUGAUGCUAUCAAAUUUGUUAACAUCUAUGCCGAGUAG